AUGGAUCCGGGGCUGCUGAUUGGAUGGCAGCAGGAGAAGGAGGAGCUUCAUCGAGAAGUGUGCCGACUGCAGACAGAGCUGGCUGAGAGCAGGGCUGAGAGGGAGGAGCUGGAGUCCAGGAGCAGAGCGCUGAGUGACAGGGUGAGGAGGGGGAGGAGGAGUAGAGAGGGGGUUGAUCAUGUGAUCAUCAUCAGGAGAAAAUCUAAUUCUAACAUCUCUCACGCUCUCUCUCCAGCUAUGCCAAACAGUGUCUCCCUCGCUCGCCCUCUCUCUGCAGACAGAGGGGGAGCUGAGGGAGUGGAAGAAGAGGGUGAGAGAGGGGAGAGAGAGGGAGGCGAGGCAGGCUCUGCUCAUCCACCGACUACAGAACAAGGUGAGACCGGAGGGUGGGGGAGGGAGGAGGAGAGGGAGGAGUCAUGGAACCAUUGUUUUCACCGUGUGUGUGUGUGUGUGUGUGUGUGUGUGUGUGUGUGUGUGUGUGUGUGUGUGUGUGUGUGCAGGUGUUGGAGUACAGAGAGCAGAGCGAACGUUUGGGGCUCCAGCUGCAGGAAGGACAAACCCAGCUGAUCAUCACUGAGGUCAGAUGAUUUAAAGGGAUAUAAAAUUAAUUUAGAGUCAAACCCACCAUAACACCGAGUUAGACCCCCCCUCCAGAGAUGAAUGUUGUCGACCGCUUGCUUCUCUAGUUAUACCAACUUUAGUAAUGACCGCAGGAUAGAAAUACAGAGAGCCACACCCUCAACCAAAACGCCACUCUAUAGCCACAAAUAAUGCUCAGAACAGCACCUAACUUCAUCAACAGGACAUAUAGGGUCACAGACAUAGUACUAGACACCAAACAUCUUUUUAACUUUGACUCAUUUCUUUAGCAAAGAGACUAAACACAACUCACCUACUCUCUUCCAGCAGACGCUUGUUUGUAGAGAGACCUCAGGCCAGUCCAUUACGGACUACAGCGGGGUGCCGCAGCUCAAGGAAGAACAUUUAUGAUCAUUUCUUUAUCAGUCAGUUUGGUGCCGUUUUUUCACUGUUUGCGGUCAAGAGUGUAAAAAUCCUCGAGUCUGACGACUGAAACUUCGUCCAGUAAAAACAAAAAGAUAAAAGUAAAUCCUUUAAUCUCUUCGUUUUCAGAGGAGGAUCAAAGAUGAACACAGUGACUCUCUGGAGAGCGCCCUCAUCAGGCUGGAGGAGGAACAACAAAGGUGUGUGUGUGUGUGUGUGUGUGUGCUUGUGCUUGUGCGUGUGUGUGUGACUCACCUGCGCUCCUGUCUCUCUUCAGGUCAACUAGUCUCUCUGAGACAAACACUCUCCUCGUUGACAAACUCAGCCAAUCAGAGCAGGAGAACCAGGCCCUGAGGGAGGACGUUCAGAAGCUUACAUGUGAUUGGACAAGAGCUGUGGAGGAGGCGGGGCAUAGAGAGAGUGAUUGGCAGAGAGAGAGGGAGGUCAGUUUGUGUUCGUGCAUGAUAAAAUGAGAGACGAGACGUAUCCUGAAUGAACGGCCUUUGUGAUUAACAUGAGUGUGUGUGUGUGUGUGUGUGUGUGUGUCCGUGUCCAGGAUCUGUCCGGUCAUGUGGGUCAGCAGCAGGCUCGGUUACUCUCAGUCUGGAGGUCUGUGGUCGUUCUCAGACGACACUGUCACACCGUCAAAACUGCUGCAGACAGGUACACACCUGUGUGUGCGUGUGUGUGUGUGUGUGUGUGUGUGUGUGUGUGUGUGUGACAGGUCAGGGUCCAGACUGACGGUCUCCUGGUCCUCCUUUGUCUCCUGUCUUCAGGGAUCUGUGGCAGCUGAGGGCCGAGUUCUCCCGUCUCUCCUCCUCCCUCCUCUCCAGCUGUGACUCGGUCUCCUCCUCUCUGAGGCUCAGCGCUCCUUCUCCCUCUGAGCCUCCUCCCCCCGGCCUCCCUGCUCCUCCUCUCUCCUCCACCCUGCUCCUUCCCCACCCUCAGGACUCCUCGUCGUCUGCUCCUGCUCCUCCCACCUCCUCCUCCUUCACCCUGGGAACCUUCUCUGUGGGAGAGCUGGAGCACAAAGAGGAGAGAGAGGAGGAGAAGGAGCAGGACGUUUCAGAGCUGGAGCUCCUUCAUGAGACCGACGUUCCUCCUCCGCCGUCUGUUCGGUAAACUUUAGUCUUUGUCAGGAACUUGAGAGGAACCAGGGUCCAGAUCCAGGUCCAGGUUCAUUGAUCGACCUUAUGAAAAGUCGCUCUCUCUCUCUCUCUCUUUAACAGGAUAGCAGAGCUCUCUCGCCCCCUGCAGAUGGAGGACGAUCAGAGGGAGGAGAGAGAGCGAGAGAUGGAGAGACUCAGAGAGACGGAGAGGAAGCUGCAGUCCGUCAGCCAGGCUGUGCUCAAACUGGUGAGUGUGGAGGACAGGUGAGGACAGGUGAGGACAGGUGAGGACAGGUGCGGACAGGUGAGGACAGGUGUGGACAGGUGUGGACAGGUGAGGACAGGUGAGGACAGGUGAGGACAGGUGUGGACAGGUGAGGACAGGUGUGGACAGGUGAGGACAGGUGUGGACAGGUGAGGACAGGUGAGGACAGGUGUGGACAGGUGAGGACAGGUGUGUUCAGGUGUGGACAGGUGAGGACAGGUGUGUUCAGGUGAGGAUAGGUGUGUUCAGGUGAGGAUAGGUGAGGAUAGGUGAGGAUAGGUGAGGACAGGUGUGGAUAGGUGAGGACAGGUGAGGACAGGUGUGUUCAGGUGAGGACAGGUGAGGACAGGUGUUCAGAGGUUAAAGGUCACCCUGUGUGUCUGUCUCCAGUCCAGAGUCCUGAGCAGCAGCAGCAGCAGGUCUCUGUGUGUGUCAUCAGAGAACCUCCUCAACGAGGACCUGUCCUCCCUGCUGUCUGUCCUGUCCCACUGUGAGAGCGCCCUGCAGUGGAGACACCAGGAACUACAGGUCAGAGCACACACACACACACACACACACACACACACCCAAUCACGUCACACUCAAAAAAGUUUGACUUGACAGCAGGAAUCUCGAGAACUCACAAGAACCCGCAGAUUCACGUUCAAUCUCACGAUAACGAGUCGUCUCUCUAAAGACAGACACAUAGACAUAUAGGCAGUAGAUUGUGUCCUUCCAGAAGAGGAAAUCUACUUCUAGACUUCUAGAAUCAGCAUCUCCUCAUCCAUGGUGUCAUCGGGGUGAAAUGACGUCUAAAAACCUUUCACUUGUUCGUCUCCGCCCCUUUGCACGCACCUUUGCAUCCAUGAAAUCUACCAUGUAAUUGGCGAGCCAGCCAGGAGUCAGCCGGAACAACGGUGAUUUUCGCCGUCUCACAAUUCCUACCUGAUCUGUUUGUGAAGCAAGUUUCGUGGCGGAUUACGGACAGCGGUAAUCAUGAGAACUCUGUGAUUUACAGUUCUUCGUUGAAAGGACAACUGGACUAACUUGAGACGUUUCUAAGACGAAACGUCUCAAGUAAGUCCAGUUGUCCUUUCCAAAAGAGAGUCAGAUUUAGAUCACGUUAACUUGAAUGGUUACGAUCAGCUACGAUCGGAGGAUACGACCUUUUAGGAGACAAUCAGGAUGAAGGUGGAGAUCGGGGGUUAGACCUGAACCUGUUUUUUGUGUGUCAGGGGGCGGAGCUCUCGGUGCGGCAGCUCGGCGAGGAGAACUCGGCUCUGCUCCUGCGACUCACACAGAUGGAGGACGACAACCAGCAGCUGCACUCGCACACUCAGUACACACAGCUGGAGCUGACCCACGCUCUGGACUCCCUCAGCAGGUACACAGAGACCAGGACUCUGAACGUCUGUGCAGGUGAAUCACUGCAGGUGUGUAAAAUUACCCACUCUGACCACCAGGGAGCGUGAGGCGUCCUCUCUGCUGUACCUGCAGGUGGACGAGGUGCAGAGGAGGGAGGAGGGGCUGAAGAGAGAGGUGGACAGGCUGAAGAAAGAGAGAGAGCGGCAGGAGGAGAGAGUCACACAGCUGGAGACGGAGACUCACAGACGGUGGGUACCUCACUGGACCGAUGUGGUUCUGAAAGUCUCAGAGAAAGUUCUGGAGAAGAGUCCGUUCAGAUUGAAGUUUCUAAACUGUGUCUGAGUAAAGUAAACGAUAUGUUCACGUAACUCUGGAGUUAUUCUGAGAGGUGAGAGAGUGUGGGAGAGGAGGAUGAAGUCCUGUCUCUGUGUUUCAGAGUGGAGUCGGAGCUGCUGGAGAACGUUCAGCUGUCGGAGAGAGGAACUCAGCACCGACUGGAGAUCCACAACCUGAAGGUAACCAACCAGGAUUCACUUUGAAGCUUUUCCUUCAGCUUCUGCCUCUUCUCCUGACUCUCCCUCCUGUCUGUCUGUAGGGGGCGUUAGAGAGGGAGCAGUUAGGCAGACAGAAGGCAGAAGAAGAGGCUGCUGACGCCCGAGACGCCCUGCAGAAGGUAGAUCUUCAGACGUUUGAACCUUCUCAGGUGUGUGACUCUCUUUAAGUCUCCUCCUCCUCCUCCUCCUCUUCAGUCCAGGGAGAGCGUGCUGCAGCUCUCCUCCUCUGAGUGCGUGUUGAAGCGGGAGGUGGAGGAGGCUCGGGACGCUCUGGAGAAGAUGGCGGCCCUGAGCUCGGCGUUGGCGUUGGAUAAGAGGGAGCUGAACAAACAGCUGCUGCAGGUACGAGCGAGCGUCAGCUUCACCUGCUGCUGAGGGUCAGAGAGCCUCCACCUGAGCUUCACCUUCACACCUCUCUGUGUUUACAGCUGGAGUCUGAGCUCUCAAACAGCCAAUCACAGCUGCAGGCUGUGAGGUCAGAGGUCAGCUCUCUGCAGAGGGAGGUCAGCGUCCUGAACCUGGACUGUACCCGGCUCAGGUGAGAUCCUCUCCAUCAGACAGAGCUGUACCUGAACACACCUUCAUCCUGGAUCUGAGGGAACUUCAACCUCGAGUAAAAAAACGAUCAGAUGUGGAGGAGAAGUUUGAACCGUUAAAAUCUACAGUCAACGAACGUUUGAAUGUUUUGAGAUGAAAUAGAAAUUGAAAGAUAAUUUUAAUCCUGAACUUUAGUUUUAAUCCUCAGUCUGAACCUGAAACCUGAAACCGUUCUUCCUGGUUCCUGGUUCGAACUUCUGAACGUCACCCUGAUGUUUUCCUGUCGUUGCUCAGAGCUCAGAGCGAGGAGGAGGCUGAACUCCUCCGUCAGCUGAGAGGAAGAGAGACGGAGAUGAAGAGGAUGGUGGAGGAGAAGGAGAGACAGCUGGCCUCGCUGAUGGAGGAGAAGGAGAGGGAUGGAGGUCAGAUGGAGGAGGUAAAGAGAGGAGGAGGAGGUGAUGGUCAUGUGACAGUCACACACCUGUAUGGUUUGUAACGACAGGUCUCUGUGGUCCCCAGCUGUCCUCCCAGCAUGCCUCAGUGUACGGGGAGCUGAAGGAGGCGCAGGAGCAGCUGAGGCAGGCUGUGGAGGAGGUGAGGAGGAGAGACAGACUGCAGGAGGAGCAGCAGAGGGAGAGCAGGAGGCUGCAGCAGGAGCAGGAGAGCCUGCAGAGACAGAGGGAGCAGCUGGAGGAGGAGCUCCAGGAGAUCAGGUAUACAACAGCGGCGGCUGGACGAUAGGGGGCGCUAGAGCUUCAGGUCGCUGUGAUCACAACUCAGGUACCUCCUGUUUAAGUCCUCCUCUGUGGGACUCUGAAGAAGACUGUAAACUAGAGAUCCAGACCGUAAACCCAUCUUCACUGAGGAGGAGGAGGAGGAGGAGGAGCAGGAGGAGCAGCUCCUCUCUUUAACUGCCAGAGGAGGGAAGAAAACAGGGUUCAUGUAGCAGCUUCAGACUGUCAGCUGUUCUCUCUCUCUCUCUCUCUCUCUCUCUCUCUCUCUCUCUCUCUCUCUCUCUCUCUCUCUCUCUCUCUCUCUCUCCCCAUCCCUCUCUCUCCCUCUCUCUCUCUCUCUCCCUCUCUCUCCCUCUCUCUCUCUCCCUCUCCCUCUCUCUCUCUCCCUCCCUCUCUCUCUCUCUCUCUCCCUCUCUCUCUCUCUCUAUCUCUCCCUCCCUCUCUCUCUCUCCCUCUCUCUCCCUCUCUCUCCCCUCUCUCUCUCUCUCUCUCUCCCUCCCUCCCUCCCUCCCUCUCUCUCUCUCUCUCUCUCUCUCUCCCUCUCCCUCUCUCUCUCUCUCUCUCUCUCUCUCUCUCUCUCUCUCUGCAGGUCGAUGUCGGUGUCUCUCCACCAGCAGCUCAGUCAGCAGCAGCAGCUGAUCUCUCAGCUGGAGGUCGACAAACAUCAGCUGAACUCACACGUCAGCGCUCUGCAGCAGGUCAAACAGACACUCCAGGGUCAGUGAGACACAAAACACACACUCUACACACACAACAACAAACAAUAACAAACAACAACAACAAACAAACAAACAACAACAAACAACAACAACAAACAAACAACAACAAACAACAACAAACAACAACAAACAAACAACAAACAAACAACAACAAACAACAACAAACAAACAACAAACAAACAAACAACAACAACAAACAAACAACAACAACACGUCAUCUUCAUCACAAACAUCUGUCUGCUCCUCUGUCUGAAGGGGAGGUGGAGUAUCUGAGGGAGGAGGUGAAGAGAGCCACAGCAGGAAGAGGAGACGAGAGGGAGCAGAGGAGGAGGAGUGAGGAGGUGAGGGAGGAACUGAAGGAGGAGAUGGAGAGGCUGACACAGGAGGUGGAGGAACUGACAAAGACGAGGGCGGAGGAGGAAGAGGAGAGGAUGCAGGAGAAGGAGGCCUGGCAGAGGGAGAGGGAGGCUCUGAGCGAAGAGCUCGGGACAAAAGACGGAGAGCUGGAGGCGCUGAGGAGGCGCACAGAGGGACUGAAGGAGGAGGAGAAGGAGAGGGAGAAAGAAAUGGAGGGACUGAGGAGGGAGAUCACAGAGAGGGAGGUGAAGCUCAGCCACAUGAUGGAGAGAAUCCUCAGGAUCGAAGGAGACAGGGAGAGAGUGCAGGAGGAGGCGCAGAGGACAAAGAUGAAGUUCACAGAGGAGGAGGUGAGGAGGGAGGAGGAGAUCAGUGCUCUCUGUGACCGCAUGGAGAGACUGGAAAGAGAAAAGGAGGAGAGGGAGGAGGAGAUAGACCACACGAGGAGCGCAGCAGAGGAGGAGAUGGAGAGAUGGAGGAGAAGGGUGGAGGAGCAAGAGGAGGAGGGUGAGAGAUGGAGGAAGAGAGUGGAGGAGCAGGAGGAGGAGACGAGCAGACUGAUGAGAGAAAUCUCCAAACUAGAGGAGGACAAAGAGGAAGGGAGGAGGGAGAAGGAGAGGCUGCAGGACAGAGAGGGGAAGAGGAGGAGGAGGGAGGAGGAGGAGGUGGAGCGGCUGAAAAAUGAAGCCUGGAGAGCUGAGGGGGAGGUGGAGAGGCUAAAGGAGAAGGCGGGGGAGGUGGAACUGCUGAGGCUGAAGCUGAGUGUGGCCAAGGAGGAGUGUGAGGAGAUGAAGGAGGAGGUGCAGAGGAGGGAACGCAGCCUGGAGCGUCAGAUGAGUGCCGUGAGGGAGAGAGAGGAGGAGGUGGAGGAGCUGAGAGCGAGACUCAGGCUGGCCGAGGAGCAGGAGGAGGAGGGAGAGAGGGAGCGGCAGGAGGCGUAUGAGAAACUGAGGCUAAAGGAGGUGAGGGAGGAGCAGCUGGAGGUGCUGCUGCGAGAAACCCGGGCGCUCCUGGAGACCGAGAGGAGGGAGAGAGGAGAGAGAGAAAGCAAGAUCUCCUCCCUGCUCAGGGAGCUGCAGGAGGUCAGAGCUGAGAGCGAAGGAGCAAGAAGGAGAGCCAGAGAGGUGGAGGAGGCCUUCGAGAAGCUGGAUGAGGAGGUGAAGGUGUGGAGGGAGAAAGCAGAGCGGUUUGUGAAGGACGCGACAAAACUCAACCUCCUCCUGAGGGACCGAGAACAGGAGGUGCAGCAGCUGAGGACCAUGCUGGAGGAGAAGGAGGAGGAGUGGGAGAGAGAGAGGGAGGAGCUGAAGAGGGUGGAGUCAGAGAGGAGGAGGAGGCUGGAAAACAAGAUAACAGAGGUGGAGGAGGAGAAAAGGAGGCUGGAGGAGAGAGUGAAAGAGGUGGAGGAGGAGCUGGAUGAAGUGAUGGAGGCGCUGAGGAGAGCCAGGGAGGAGAAGAGGAGGUUGGAGGACAGAUUGAGAGAUAUGGAGGAGUUAAAGGGGAAAGGAGUUGAGCUGAGGAGGACAGAGGAGGAGAAACGAAGGCUGGAAGAUGAACUUAAAGAGAUGGAGGAGGUGUUGAGGAGGACGAGGAAGGAGAAGAGGGAGGUGGAGGAUGAACUGAGGAAACUGAAAGAGGAGCAAAAGGGAGUAGGAGAGAGUAAUGAGGAGCUGGAGGAGGAGAAAGCAGGACUGUUGGAGGAGCUGAGAGGGAGAGAGAGGGAGGUGGCAGCACUACAGGAGGAGGUGCAGACACAGAGAGAGAAGGCUCAGGAGGAGCUGAGGAGGAGGAAAGAGGAAAUAUCUUCACUGAGGGAAGAGGUGGCAAAGGAGCAAACAGAGACUGAGGAGUUACAGGAGAAGCUAAGGAGAGCUCAGGAGGAGGUGACAGCAUUCAGGGAGGAACAAACAGAGAGGGAGGAGACACAGAAGGAGCAGAGAAAGAGGGAGGAGCUUAAGAGGAGCAAGGAGGCUGAAAAAGAGCAGAGGCAGCGAGAGGAGGAGCUCAGGAGGAGUGAAAGGGAGGUGUCUGCUCUGAGAGAGGAGGUAGAAAAGGAGCAGAGGGAGAAGACUGAAGUUCAGGAGGAGCUGAGGAAGAAGCUACAUGACAUCACAGCCCUCAGGGAGGAGGUGCAGGAGGAGCAGAGGGAGAGGCAGGGGGUGCAAGAGGAGCUGAGAAGAACCAAGAAGGAGCUGGCAUUCAUCACAGAGGAGGUGCAAAAGGAAGAGAAGGAGAAGGAGCACACACUGGAGAGGUUACUGAUGACAGAAAAGCAGGCCGCAGUGCUUAGAGAGGAGGUGCAGAAGGAGCAGAUACAGAAGGAGGAAGUGCAGGAGGAGCUAAAGAGGACCAAGAAGGAGCUGGUAGUUAUCAUGGAGGAGGUGCAGAAAGAAGAAAAGGAGAAGGAGCAACUAAAAGAAGUAUUACUGCAGGAGCAGAAGAGGAGAGAGGAGGUGCAGGGGAGUUUAGAGAGGACAGAGAAGGAGGCGACAGCUCUGAGAGAGAAGGAGCAGAAGGAGAGGAGGAGGAGGGAGGAGGUGCUGGAGAAUUUAGAGAGGGCAGAGAAGGAGGCGACAGCUCUGAGAGAGAAGGAGCAGAAGGAGAGGAGGAGGAGGGAGGAGGUGCAGGAGAGUUUAGAGAGUACAGAGAAGGAGGCGACAGCACUGAGAGAGAAGGAGCAGAAGGAGAGGAGAAGGAGAGAGGAGGUGCAGGAGAAGCUGAAGGAGGUCCAGCAGAGUGUGGAGGUGAUGACCGUCAACCUGAGCUCCCUGCAGACCCAGGUACAGUUACUGUGAGAGAGUACAGAUACUGCAGUAAUACUACAGUAAACAAUAAUACUACAGUUACUGUGAGAGAGUACAGAUACUACAGUAAUACUACAGUAAACAAUAAUACUACAGUUACUGUGAGAGAGUACAGAUACUGCAGUAAUACUACAGUAAACAAUAAUACUACAGUUACUGUGAGAGAGUACAAAUACUGCAGUAAUACUACAGUAAACAAUAAUACUACAGUUACUGUGAGAGAGUACAAAUACUGCAGUAAUACUACAGUAAACAAUAAUACCCUCAUACACAGUGUUGUGUUGUAGCUCCAUGGCAGCUGUUGUCCUCAUAAACAGGUGUGUGUGUGUGUGUGUGUGUGUGUGUGUGUGUGUGUGUGUGUCUCUCAGGUGUCAGAUCAGAGUCAGAUCAGGGAGCGAGCGAGGAAGGAGGUGAAGGAGAAAGAGGAGGAGGCGCAGCAGAUGAGGGAGGGUCUGAGAGCGGCUCUGGACGAGGUGAUGAACCUGAAGGUCCUCCUGCAGGUACGAGACCUCCUCCUGAAAACACGACCCCGAUAAUCCCAGUUUAGAGUCUGGGCACUUCUUCAGGGAACUCUUUAAAAAUCAUUUAAGGUUAAAAAGUUUUUUAGUUUAAAAAGUUUUAGUUUUAAAAAAUUAUUAGUCAAAAAAGUUAAAGUUUUUUGUUAAAAAAAGUUUUUAAAGUUUUUUAGCUAAAAGUUUUAAAUAAAUUUUAUGUAAAAAAAGUUUUAAAAAUUUUUCAGUGAAAAAAAGUAAAAAAAAGUUUUUAUAGUUGAAAUAGUUUUUUAUUUUUAUUCAAUAAGUUCUUUAGUUAAUAAAAGUUAAAAAACUUUUUUGAGUUAAAAAAAGUAUUUUUGUUCAAAAGUUUUUAAAGUUUUUUUCAUUAAAGAAGUUGAAGGAUUUUUUGAAGUUAAAAUUUUAAAGUUUUUUUUAGUUGAAAAAGUUCAAAAUGUGUUUUUAAUUUAAAAAUUUUUUUAUGUAAAAAAAGUUAAAAAAAAGUUUUUAUAGUUGAAAAAGUUUUAAAUAUUUUAGUGAAAGUUUAAAAAGUUCUGAUUUAAUUUGUGGGAUUAAAAAAAAACAGAUGAAUCCCUGAAAACUCAAACGCUCACGUCUGUUUCCUGUCCAAUCUGACCUUCUACUGUCACUCAGGAGAGCCACCAAGAAGGGGAGCGUCUGAGGAGGGCGCUGAGGGACAAGAAGGAGGAGGUGGAGAGGUUCAGAGAGGGGAACCUGCAGACUGCCAGGAAGGAGGCGCAACAAGAGAGGGAGGAGAUGGAGAAGGACAGAGGGGAGGUGGAGGAGCUGAGAGCCAGAGCUAAGGCUCUGGAGAAGAGGAGGACGGAGCUGCUGGAGGAGCUGGAGGAGGCUCGCCUGGCCAGGGUCAACACUGAGGAGGAGAGGAGGAAGGUGGAGGAGCAGUGGAGGAGCAGAGUCGAAGGGAUGGAGGAGGGGAAGCUGAAGAUGCUUUUAAAGGAGAUCCAAACACUGAAGGAGAGAGAGGAGGAGAAGGAGAAGGAGUGGAGGGCCAGGUUUGUGGAGGCAAGGAGGGAGGUGGAGGAGUGCCACGGUGAGCUGAGGAGGGUUAAAGCCACAGCAGCCAUGUUGGAGGAGCAGAGAGGACAGAUCUCCUCACUGUCUGCAGAGAGAGGAGGAGAGAGGGAGGAGGAGACGGAUGGCCAGAAGAGAGGGAGCAGAGACAAGGAGUCAGACGGCAAGGGUGCAGGAGGAGGAGGAAAGGAGGUGAGCAGGAGGUUUGGAUGGUUUCGUAGAAACGACACCUUCAAAUAUGACGAUGUAUAAAUGUUCAACUUCAUCGUUUCAGAAGGAGGAGGAGGAGGAGGAGGAGGAGAUCAGGAGGCUGCUGAGGCAGAGAGAAGCUGAGGUAACAAAGGUUCAGGGAGAGGGAGUGAGGAGCUGAGAGCUUCAGAGACUCAGAGUGUGUGUGUGUGUGUGUGUGUGUGUGUGUGUGUGUGUGCGCGCGCACGUGUGUGUGUGUGUGUGUGUGUGUGUGUGUGUGUGUGUGUGUGUGUGUGUGAAGGUGUACUCUCUCACUCAGAGGACAGAGGAGCUGGAGAAGGACCGAGAUCGUGUCCGAUUGGCUCUGGAGCUCACUGAGGCAGCUAUGAUUGGCUACAGGGAGAGAGCCCACCAACAGGAGCAGAGCCAGGAGGCGGGGCCUAACACUGAACAGGUCUGUGAUUGGACAGUAACUUUAUCAUGGAGAAGUCAACAUGUUCUGACCCACCGUGCGUGCGUGUAUGUGUGUGUUUGUGUGUGUGUGUGUGUGUGUGUGAGCAGGGUGACAGACUGGAGGUCCUGCAGUGUCUGGUCGCUGAGCUGGAGGUGGACGUGAAAAGACUGAAGAAUAAAAACUCUCAGCUGGAACAUCAGAAAGAAAAACUGAAGAGGGACAGAAACACACUGAGAGACACACUCAGACAGGUACACACACACACACACACACUAACACACACACACACACACACACACACACAGGUCACACACUGAUGUGUGUGUGUGUGUUUCAGGUGGAGGGCGAGCGGGUGAUGUUCAGACAGAGGCUGACCGACAGCCACAGAUCUCAGGUGAGAUUCCAGAACCUCCUCUUCUUCUUCAGAAGGUGGAGAUGUUCCUCCAUCAGAACUUUGGACCCGUUUGGUUCUUUGACAGUCCUGAUUGAUGGAAGCUGUGUUGUGUAUUUGUGUUGUGUAUUUGUGUGUUUGUGUGAGUAAAGCUGUUGUGUUUAUUUGACAGAGUUUGGACACCACAGAAGAAGAACGUCUGAGGGGCAGAGUGAUGGAGCUGGAGGACCUGGUGAGACACCACAGAAGAAGAGUGUUGGCUGUUUCUGCGUUUCCAGGUAGGUGUUGAUGAUGUCAUUGUCUCCUCCCCCUCAGGUGAGUCAGCUGCGUCUCUCCAUCGCUGUGGAUCAGCAGCAGAGGGCGGAGUUUAUCCAGCAGUCCUCCAGGAACAGCCAAUGGCUGCUCUCUCUGAGACACGACCUCACCGAGUCGCUGGACACCGUUACUCGUCGUCCGGUACCGUCUGUUCUGGAGUCUGAGACGCAGCGAUUGGACCGCAGCCUCAAGGAGGAGGAGCUUAGGAUGUCCCUCAGCCAAUCAUAG